AUGGCUAUGGAAGAAGCGCAGAAGCACGUAAGUGGAGAGGAUGAGGAAGCCUUUCUAUUUGCUCUAACAUUUGUGGGUGCAUCUGCGGUUCCAAUGGUGCUUAAAUCAGUUUUGGAGCUUGGUAUCAUAGAAACCAUUGCUAAGGCUGGUCCUGGAGUUUACCUUUCCCCUUCUCAAAUAGCUUCUCAGCACCCAACAAUAAAGAACCCUGAUGCCCCUGCUAUGUUGGAUCGUUUGUUGCGCCUCUUGGCUAGCCACAACAUCCUCACUUACUCCCUCUCUCCAUUGCCUAAUGGUAAGUCUGAAAGGCACUAUGCUCUUCACCCCAAAGCCAAAUACUUUGUCAACAAUCAAGAUGGCCUCUCCAUGAUUGCCACCUUUCUCAUGCAACAUGACAAAGUCCUCAAAGAGAUGUGGUACCACUUAAAUGAUUCAAUUCAGGAGGGUGGCCUCCCAUUUAACAAUGCUUAUGGAAUGAAUGCCUUUGAAUUCCAUGGCACAAAUCCAAGGUUCAACAAUCUUUUCAACAAGGGAAUGUCUGAUUACUCUAGCCUCGUAAUGAAGGAAAUUCUUGAGACCUAUAAUGGUUUUAAGGGUUUCAAAUCUGUGGUUGAUGUUGGCGGUGGGACUGGGGCUGUUAUUAGCAUGAUCGUCUCCAAGUAUCCCACUAUAAAGGGUGUUAAUUUUGACUUGCCCCACGUGAUUAAAGGAGCUCCAUCUUACCCAGGUGUGGAGCAUGUUGGUGGAGACAUGUUUGUCAGUGUUCCAAAAGCUGAUGCCAUUUUGAUGAAGUGGGUAUGUCAUGACUGGAAUGAUGAAGAAUGCUUGAAAUUUUUGAAGAACAGCUAUGAUUCCCUUCCUGGCGAGGGGAAGGUGAUUUUGGUGGAAUGCGUUCUUCCGGAAACCCCAAAUUCAAACUUGGCUACGAAGUGUGUGUUUCUAAUGGAUGUUAUCGUGUCGUGUCAUAGCUCAGGUGGAAAAGAGAGAACAGAAAAAGAGUAUGAGGCCUUGGCUAAGGGGGCUGGGUUCCAAGGUUUCCGAGUAGCAUGCUGUGCUUUCAACACCUAUGUCAUGGAAUUUCUUAAGAACCCUUAA